GGUCCUAGAAAUAUAUCAAAGUCGCAUAAAUUCUCUAAAUCUCUUAAUCCAAACAAUCCGUAUGGUUUUUCGCUUCAUCUGGUAUAAUAUAUUUUCUUUUUCGUACUUCGAUCACGCAACCGUACUCUUUGCCUUGCCUCUCUGCGGAGUGGGGGUGUGUAUUCCCACAGAUUUACACCUAAACGACCACGAACUCGGUGAAGAUUGAAAGGCCGGCCAUCGUACAAUCUACUUUUGAAGAUCCGAACCAUGCGCUGGCUCCUCCUCACCCUCGCGAUCUUCUUAAUCUUUUACACAGUCUCUUCGCAUGAGUUCGCCAUCGAUGGAACCGUGCUGGAGCUCGAUGAAUCCAACUUUGACUCCAUCAUUUCCACCUUUGACUACGUCUUCGUCGACUUCUAUGCCCCAUGGUGCGGCCACUGCAAGCGCCUCGCCCCCGAGCUGGAUGUAGCUGCCCCUAUUCUUUCUGGACUGAAGGAGCCAAUUGUGAUUGCAAAAGUCAAUGCUGACAAGUUCACCCGUCUUGCAAUUAAAUAUGAUAUUAAUGGUUUUCCCACCCUCAAGCUUUUUAUGCAUGGUGUUCCCAUAGAAUAUGAGGGACCAAGGAAAGCAGAUUUACUUGUUCGAUACCUGAAGAAAUUUGUUGCUCCCAAUGUCUCUGUUCUUGAUUCAGACUCUGCUAUUAGUAACUUUAUGGAAGCAGCUGGCACUUAUUUUCCUAUAUUUGUAGGCUUUGGCUUGAAUGAGUCCAUGAUAUCAAAUUUAGCCAUCAAAUACAAGAAAAAGGCAUGGUUUUCUGUGGCAAAAGAUUUCUUAGAGGACAUAAUGGUUUUGUAUGACUUUGACAAGGUUCCUGCAUUGGUAUCCCGUCAUGUAAAUUAUGAUGAGCACAGCAUUUUCUAUGGGCCCUUUGAAGAUGAAUUCUUGGAAGAUUUCAUAAAACAAAAUUUGUUACCUUUGGCUUUGCCCAUAAACUAUGACACAUUGAAGUUGCUGAAGGAUGAUGACCGCAAAAUCGUUCUGACAAUUGUGGAGGAUGAGGCUGCUGAGAAAUCAAAGAAACUAAUCAAGCUGUUGAAGGCUGCUGCAUCUGCAAACCGUGACUUCGUCUUUGGAUAUGUUGGGAUUAAGCAAUGGGAAGAGUUUGCUGAUACAUUUGAAGCCAAUAAGAAAACGAAACUGCCAAAAAUGGUUGUUUGGGAUGGUGAUGAAGAGUACCUUUCAGUCAUUGGCUCCGACAGUAUAGAAGAAGAGGAUCAGGCAUCCCAAAUUACACAAUUUCUUCAAGGAUAUAGGGAAGGAAGGACAGUGAAGAAAAGAAUUGGUGGCCCUUCGCUGAUUGGCUUCAUUAAUUCUCUAAUUGGCAUCAGAUCUGUUUACCUUAUUGUUUUUGUGGUUGCCAUCAUCAUGCUUUUACAAACUGUCAACAAAGAAGACGAUGAACCGUUGAGGGUUGGUACUCGAGAUGAGGCUGAUUAUGAUGGUAGCUCAGCCCCUCAGGCUGAGGGUAGAGAACCAUAUCGAUUGGGCGACAAGGAAGAUUAAGCUGGGCGAUGUUUUUGACUUUUUACUCACUUUGUUUAGGGAUGCUGUGAAAAUGGAGAUGCUCAUUGAUGCCAAAAACGCAGUUUGCUGAGAUAUUUCAGAAAACCACCAGUCCCCCCGUCUCCCAUGCCUGUACAGAUCAUGAUCAAUUCCUUUGCACUUUGGUUGGUUUGGUUUGUUUUACAAGGUAUUUUAUUUAGCUUGGUAUAAAAUGUUGCAUAACUUUAUACACCAUGAUCUAUUACUUGCAGAGACGAGACUUACCCUUUUGUAGCUACUUUUGGUAUGAUGUUAGACAAUAAAAACGAUAUUUCUUUGAUUUGUCUCAAAA